AUGGGGAAGCGGCCACCCGUGGUAAUUCCACUCGUCUCUCUCCACUCCCCAUUCUCAAAUCUGAAGAACUCCACACGGGAAGAAGAGACGCCGAGCUCCAAGGCUUUUUCAACAAACAGAUCGGCGUGUUACUGCACGCCCAAACGAGAGAGGAUUGCCGACGCUGCUUGUGGAGAGAUGGUUUGCAGAACUUGUCUGAGCCCUUGCAACCGCGAGAGCAAGGGAAGCAUCAUCAGCAUGUAUCUCUGGAAGGAGUUCAAAAACGCAUGGAACAGGUUGUGCCAUGCAGCGAAAAGAGCCGGGAGACGAGUUCGCUAACAAGGAGCCCGUUGAGUUUGCUUUCGAG